UAUAUUUCACUUGCAACAAGAUGCGUUUUAUAAUUGUGUUCAGUUUGGCAGUUCUGUUUCAUGUGAAUGCAUUUCCCUGUGGAAGUGUUGACGAUCAACUCCCCGAACAAGAUAAAGUGGCAAUCAAAGAUCUGGUAACACGUGACGGAUCCUUGAUAUCUGAGCUAAUCAAGGAACAAGACACGGUUAUGUUGGAUGUUAUGAAAUCGAUUGUGAACAACAAAAUAGCUGAAAAAAAUGUAAUCGAUGAUCUGCAGAAACGUAUUGAUGAGAAACGCAAAUCUUCUGGACUUAUCUUAUGGAAUCUUAUGGACCCUUUGCCAGACUACAUAAACGAUCUCUCCCAAUUGACUGUUAUCUACAACGAAUUAAAGUAUCAAGAAAAACGUGAUCGCUUCAAUACUUGGACUGAUGGAGAAUUCAAUGAACUCAUGGCCAAAUAUACUCGGAAGAUGAAGCAAAUACUGAGCGAAUUCACGGAGCUUGUGAAAACAGCUAUGAACAAUUUGAGUGAUGAAACAAAACAAUUGCACAGCGAUUUAAUUGCCCAAAUUAACCAAUCAAGUGACGAAAAAGUUAUUAGGUCUGCCGCACAUAAGGUAAUUGACUCAAUGUCGUGUUAGAGCACAAUUCUAAAUUCCUUUGAUAUCUCAAAGUAACGUAUAUAACAUAAGCCUUGUAUUUAGUUUACCUUUAAUUGGGUUUCACUGCAAUAUGAAAUCUUAUAUUAUGUUUUCUUUAGUGACAAUAAACUGUUUGUUCAAUUUAUUAAUGA